CUCCCAUCCUGCUGUCCAGGACAGGAGAGGAGCCAGGGACCUGGGUCUGAGACAGGGCAGCCUCAGACCGCACCCCCUCUGCCUGGUUCCCUCCGGUUGAGGUGGGGGGACCGCAAAGGCUUCGGUCUUGUUUUGUGUUUUGAGUGGCGCUGCCCCACAGAACCCUCUGGGAUGCGGUGCAUGUUCUCUAUCUCGGCUGUCUAAUGCAAUAGCCACAUGUUGCUAUUGAGAAUUUGGACUGUGGCUAGUGCAACUGUGGAAGUGAAUUUAAUUCUUUGUUCCUUUAAUUCCGAUCCGUUUUUAACGGCCACUCAGGCUAGCGGCUAGUGCAUCAGUCAGUGCAGUUUUGGAGUCUCUAUCUUCCCAAGCAUCCUUCCUACCUACUCUUCUGAUCUUUUAUCAGAAGCAGCCGAGGUCUGAUAGUCCUCCUGUCCCCCCUGCAGGAGGGGGCAGGGGAGCCCGUUCCUAGGGGCCUGGAAAGGAUGUGACGCACCUCCAAAAGGGCACCACCUUGGCCUUGCGCCUCCUCCCCUUUCAAAGACCCUCUGGCCAUGGGCUGGACAAGGGUCACAGGAUUCUGGAAGGAAAGAAUGUCAGAGGCAGCUUUUUACUACCCAACGGUGCCCAAGGGCCCACUCCACUGAGAGCUCAUGCUUCCUUAUUUGUUCACCCCCCCAAAUUUUGCCAAGCACUGUUCCCUUCUCCGGGGUUCCGUCACCAGAGAGAGAGAGAAUAUACCAAGCCAUAGGUCUGCACAGAAAUGCGCAUAUCUGUAAACUAUGGGGGAUGGUGACAACAAGGAGGGGACUUCCUAGGAUCCGACCAUUCAGAAGCCUCCUCUGAAGAGGGGACAGUUAAGCUAAGACCAGGGUGGAAGUGGAGGCUGGGAAUAUUCUGGAAGAAAGCACAGCUUGAGUGCAGGCCCUGAGGAUGGAACCUGGCCCUCUGGAGGAGCCAAGAAAAGGCAGGAAUAGCUGGAAAGGGAGGGAAGGACAAGUGGCUGCCAGCUCUUAUUUGGCAAAGGAUGCUGGCACUGACCCAGAGCAACAGGCCGUCAUGGAGGGGUUUCAAAGCAGCUCAGUUAUCAAGAGUCCCCUCUGGCUGCUGGAGUUUGGGUGGCUCAGAACCCAAAGGGCCACCAGAAAGCAACCAGCAUAGUCCAGGCAAGAGGAGAAGGGGGCCUAGAUGAGGAAGGUGGCAGAGGCAUGGAGAGAAGGGAUGAGUUGGAGGUAGUUUGUGGAGAUGGAGUCAACAGGCCCUGUGGAUAGAACAGGUCCCGGAUGUGAAAGAGAGGGGGUUUAGGGGGCACGUUUCUGGCCAGAGCACCUGGGCGGGAGGAUGGGCCCUUUCCUGGACUGGGGACAAACGGGGAAAGUCCCAUUUGACAAACCAGGAAGGUGGUUGGACAGAGAGAUGUGGUGUCCAGAGGAGUGGCCCUGACUGGAGUUGUAUGUUUCGGAAUGGCCAGCAGAGAUGGUUCUGAAUGCUCUGGACAGGUUGAGGUUGGGAAGAGGAGGUGGGGAAGACAGCAUAGGCCAAGGAGAGGCUGAUGGGAAAGUGGUGUGUGUGUGUGUGUGUGUGUGUGUUGGAAAGGGAUCUCCGGAGAAAACCCAGUGGCCCCAGAAGCUCAGCUUUGUGCUAACUUCCUUCUAAUGAAAUAAAUGACUGUGGUCUGGCGGGAUCAGUCAUCCUUUGGCAGCCAAUCAGGAGGCCUACGUUUUUGUUCUGGCUCAGCCACAAAUUAUUCACGAGUCCUGAGAGCCACUCUGGCUCCAGGACUCAGUCCCUCCACCCAUAACACGUGGUUGUAUAGGUGGUGCCGGUCUUUCCAGCUCCGAGUUCUGGCAUGCUGCGGCUGUCUGCACUAUAUAAAGCCCUGUCCUGGAAGGUGGGGCUGGGGCUCCCGUACCUCCCCACUUUGGACAGUAUCCUAUGGCCCUUUGCAUGGUCCCGCCCACUCCCAAUAGCCCUUCCCCGCUGGGUUCAGGCCACCUCUGUGGGCAGUGUGAAUCCUCGGUGGACUCCCUAACACACCUCCCUUGUCUCUUUCACCUCCAGUCUGCCACCAGCAGAGCAGGGAUAAACCUUCCUGGCUAAGUUAGAUGGAUGGUCCCCAGCAGCCAGGCGGGCGCCCUUCUCCUGCCUCCCCGCCAACUCCCCUUGUCGAGGGACGUGUGACUCUGUGCAUGGGGGAGGCCGGGAGUGAGAGCAUCGGGGUGGGAGUUGGGGUGCCCUGCCCCUGGAGCAGGAAUGGUGCCCCCGGGGAAGAAACCGGCGGGAGAGGCCUCCAACUCCAACAAGAAGUGCAAGCGUUACUUCAACGAGCACUGGAAGGAGGAGUUCUCCUGGCUGGACUUCGACUACGAGCGGAAGCUGAUGUUCUGCCUCGAGUGCCGCCAGGCCCUGGUCCGGAACAAGCACGGCAAAGCGGAGAACGCCUUCACCGUGGGCACUGACAACUUCCAGCGCCACGCCUUGCUGCGCCACGUGAACUCGGGGGCUCACCGCCGGGCGCUGGCCACGAACCGGGGCCAGCCCACGUUUGAGGGCCAGGCGGAGGACGGAGGGGCCUCCCCGGGCCCGGCGCCCAGCCCUCCCUCCAGGGGCAUCAAGGCGGAGGUGGACCCUGCCAAGGUGGCCGUGCUGACCACGGUGUACUGCAUGGCCAAGGAGAACGUGCCCGACGACCGCUGCUCUGCCCUGCUCCAGCUGCAGAGGUUCAACUUGUGCCAGGCGCUGCUGGGCACGGAGCGUGGCGAUUACUACAGUCCCAGGAGGGUGAGGGACAUGCAGGUGGCCAUCGCCAGCGUCCUGCACACAGAGGCUUGCCAGGGCCUGAAGGCGUCCCCGUAUGUGGGGCUGGUGUUGGACAAGACCAGAGACUGGCCCGAGUCCCACAGUCUGGCCUUGUUUGCCACGUCGGUGUCCCCCAGUGACGGCCAGCCUGCCACCACCUUCCUGGGCAGUGUGGAGCUGCAGGAGGGCGAGGACACUGCUGGCCAGCUCCUGGACAUCCUGCAGACCUUCGGCGUGUCUGCCGCCAAGCUAGCCUGGCUCAGUGCAAGCCUCCCCGGUGACUGCCUCGGGGGGAGUGUGGGCCCGCAGCUCCGGGCCGCCUGCCCGCUGCUCACCGAGCUGCACUGCCUCCCCGGUCGGCCAGAUCCUGAGCCCCCUGCCUACCUAGGGGAAUACGAAAGUGUCCUGGAUGCCCUCUUCCGCCUCCAUGGUGGUCCCAGUUCCCACAUGGUCCCUGAGCUUCGGGCAGCCCUGGACCUUGCAGCCAUCGACUUGGCAGGACCACGGCCAGUGCCCUGGGCCUCCUCGCUGCCCGUCGUGGAAGCAGUGGCUGAGGCUUGGCCAUGCCUGGUGCCUGCACUGGAGGCCUCUGCCCCAGCCUCGCCCACAGCCAGGGCCCUGGCCCUCGCCCUGCGCCAGUUCACCUUCGUGGCCUUCACCCACCUGCUGCUGGACGCCCUGCCCUGCGUGCAGAAGCUCGCCCUUGCCCUGCAGCGGGAAGACCCACCCCUGGCCUUGCUGCAGCCCCUGGUGAUGGCGGCGGCGGCCUCCCUCCAGGCGCAGCGGAGCUCCGGGGGCGCGCGGCUCCAGGGCUUCCUGCGGGAGCUGGCGCCCUCCAGUCCCGGCCUGGGCGGUGAGCGCGGCGCCUACCGCGGCCUGGAGGUGGUGGGCUACUCCGCGGCUGCGCUCCGGGACUUGGAGCAGCUGCGGGGGGCCUUCCUGGACUCCAUGCAGAAGGGGCUGCGGGACGCCUACCCCGGGCCCUCGCUGGAGGCCGUGGCCGCCUUCUCCGCGAUCUUCGAUGCCCGCCGCUACCCGGAGACCCCGGAGGAGCUGGGCGCGCACGGCGAGCGGGCGCUGCGGUGGCUGCUGCGCGCCUUCGCCCCCGCGGUGGUGCGGCCGCGCGCGCUCGGCCACUUCACGCUCUUCAAGCGCGUGGUGCGCGGCCUCGGGCGGCCGGGCCCGCGCGCUCUGUGCGCCCGGCUGGCGUGCGCGCGCUCCGAGCUGCACGAGCUCUUCCCCGACUUCGCCGCCCUCGCUGGCCUGGCCUUGGCGAUGCCCGCGGGCGCCGGCCUCCUGGACAAGGUCGGCCGCAGCAGGGAGCUGCGCUGGUGGCGGGGGCAAAGCGGGGCCGCCGGGGAAGGCCGGGGCGACCCCGUGGUCAAGAUCGCCGUGGAUGGCCCCCCGCUGCACGAGUUUGACUUUGCACUGGCCGUGGAGGUCCUAGAGAGCGGGUGGGCCGAGGGGUUGCUGGGGUCGCAGCUCAUGUGAGGGCGGCCGCCUUCCCUCUCUACCCGGCCAGCCUGGGGCGCUGGGUACGCUGAGGGCCAAGCCAGCCUUGCCCAUGCUGCAUCCGGGCUGACUUACGGACUGCGGCCUUCCGUUUGCCUUCCCCGUGCUUCCUCUGCUCAACGCUGAGGACUCGCCCAGCCCUGUGGGCUGUGGGCUGUGGAGGAGGGACGGGUCCAGGGGUGCCUGGGCAAUGGGCAGAGAUGCUAGGGCCUGGGGCACCCUAACUCUUGCUCCUGACAAUUCUAGAGUUUGGUGAGGAGCAGCUCACCCUUUUUUCCCUUUGGAUUCAUCCCAAGUUUUGACCCUAAAACUGUUGGGGGAGGGGGUUCUUGUUUGGAGGCAGGAAGACUGGGGCUCUAGAAUGAAGGGAUUGGGGGAAAGAAGGAUGUGGUCCUUGCCUUUCUCAGCCCCACUCCUGGCAGCGCCCCUUCUCUCCAGAUCCCACCGGAGAGCAGACCACUGUCCUU